CUUUUGAGAAGCUAAUAAGACAUAAAACCAAUAAACUUUACAGCAGAAACAUGAGUGGACGUAUCUGCUGUAACAUCAAAGAGUAAAAACAGAAAACGUGACCAUGAGUUGCUCCAGUUGGACCCGCUCCAGUGAGCAGUAGAACCUUCACUGCUUACUGUAAUUUCCUGUUUGUUAUAAGAGUUAAAUGAGUAAGAAAAAACGUGAAACCCUGGGAGACGAGCCAAGGUCACAGACUUUAUAGUUCACAGGUAGAUAACCAGCACUGCUGCCAGUUAAUCUGGGGGCAAUCUUUAUUGCCCCAGGAGGCAAUACUUCAACAAACAAGCAACUGCUGCAGUAAACAUGGCACUGCAGCAGCUAGAUGAUCGAGGAUGUAAGAUCUCCAGAAAUCACUGCAGUGUUUCCAUCGCAACCAUUGGGCGAUACCAACAUGGCCACUGGAGGAAACGUCUCUGUCCCUCAUCACAAAGUAAACUGUGGGACCAGAUAGACGACGGCCAGCUGGGAAAACGAAGGGCCCUCACCCCAUCCGACCAGAACCGGUUCUGUCCUCGGGUCCAGCUGGAGGUCACACCAUGAUAACUGAUCUGAUCAGGACUUCCAGUUAAAACUACUUCCUGUUACCAAUCAUCUACAGACAGGGGGCGGGGCCUCUCCAAAAGGGGCGGGGCUUCUCCAGCCUUCAUAAGGACUGGCUCCUCCACAGACCAGCAUUAACUCUCUUUACAUAAAGGAAGACGUCUGAAAGACCAUGAAGCCCGUCCUGCUGCUAUUGGUUCUGCUGAGUGCUGUGCUAGCAGCUCCGGCGGAAGACAAGCUGCUGCCUGCAGAAACAGUCGAGGCCCAAUCAGCAGCAGCAGCAGCCGAAGAAGAAGAAGGAGGAGCAGACUCGGCAAAUCCUCGUUACAACUUCUGCCCUCAAUUCUGGUUCAUGUAUGAAGGUCGCUGCUACAAGUACUUCAGCUCCCCAAAGUCCUGGUACAAUGCUGAGGAACAGUGUAACAGUUUUGGCGGCCAUCUUGCUUCCGUGGUCAGCGCUCGGCAGUACAGCUUCCUGCAGCAGAUGAUGCAGACCGCCGGUCAGUCCAGCGUCUGGCUGGGAGGAUUCUACCUGCAGAACCGCUGGCUGUGGAUCAAUCGGGACGGGUUCCACUACACCAACUGGUACCAACAUUCAUCUGGUACCAGCUACCCCUGCAUGUUCAUGUACUCGAACCAUGGUUGGGCAAAUACUCAGUGCACCACAAACAUUCCCUUCAUUUGCUUCAAGAACCCGUUUGGCUGCUAACCGAUGAGCUGAAACGUCCUCUUCUCUCUUCGCUCCGUUAUCACUGUGGACAAAUGUUUGUUUUUAUGAAACUGUUUCUUGUCAAUAAAAUGUUUAAACAUG